UGUAAUGUUUGCAGUGUACACUGAGCUAGCUGGAGUUACUGUCCCCUGAACAUACACACGUGUUUAAGCCCCGCUUUCCUUUUAGAGUUUGUAGGACAGCAGUAACUCGCGCACUGUAAAGAAACUAAAAACCCCGAAAGGGAUGUGUGUGCUCACGGAAGAUUUCUUGGAUGCUGAGAAGCUUUAGCAGACAUGAGUGGUCAAAGUUCUGCUCCUGUAGCCAGUUCUGGCAUUACUCCACUCCAGCAGAUGGUGGCGUCCUGCUCCGGUGCCAUCCUUACAUCUCUGUUCGUCACACCUUUGGAUGUUGUGAAGAUCAGACUUCAAGCACAGAAGAAUCCCUUCCCCAAAGGUAAAUGCUUUGUCUACUGUAAUGGACUGAUGGACCACAUAUGUGUGUGUGAAAAUGGCAACUCCAAGGCCUGGUACAAAGCCCCCGGUCACUUCAGUGGCACACUGGAUGCCUUUGUCAAAAUUGUACGCCGAGAGGGAAUAAAGGCAUUAUGGAGUGGUCUACCUCCAACGCUUGUGAUGGCAGUUCCAGCUACAGUGAUCUACUUCACGUGUUACGACCAGCUGUGUGCAGCACUCCGGGUCAGAAUGGACACCUAUGCUGAGGAGGCUCCUCUUCUGGCUGGAGCUAUUGCUAGAGUGGGUUCAGCGACAGUGAUUAGCCCUCUGGAGCUGAUCCGCACUAAGCUGCAGUCUCAGAAACAGUCGUACAGGGAGCUGACCGACUGCAUCCGCUCAGCCGUGGAGGCAGAGGGGUGGCUGUCUCUGUGGAGAGGUUUGGGACCCACGCUGCUCCGAGACGUGCCCUUCUCAGCAAUGUACUGGUACAACUACGAGAAGGGCAAGAGCUGGCUGUGUCAGCGGUACAACACAACAGAACCCACAUUCACCAUCACCUUCAUAUCUGGAGCGGUUUCUGGUUCUAUUGCGUCCAUUGUAACAUUACCUUUCGAUGUUGUCAAAACGAGAAGGCAGGUGGAGCUGGGAGAGCUACAAGCAAAGAAUUUGUCGUGUCGGGUCUCAUCCUCUACCUUCUGUGUGAUGAGCAGGAUUGUGGCACAGGACGGCUUCAGUGGGCUGUUUGCAGGUUUCCUCCCCAGGCUGAUCAAAGUGGCUCCGGCCUGCGCCAUCAUGAUCAGCACUUACGAGUUUGGAAAAGCCUUUUUCCGCAAGCACAACCAGGAGAGGAUACUCAGGCCGCUGCAGACCAGUAACACCUGAACGUUUUCCCGCCAUUUCUCUCCAAACCAAACGCCACUACGACUACUGCUAGAAUAUACUUGGAAGGAAAAAGCUAAUGUUGCCAAAUUAAAAAAACAAACAAAAAAAAAAAACAAGCAGAAAUGGCAGUGAAAAAAAUAAAGUACAUGGCCUUUUU